CACGCCCCCCUCAGCAGCAACCAAUCGGCGGACCCGGUUUAACAGCGUGCUUUCGGAGGUCAGUAGCGAGUGAAGGUCGCAGCAUUCUCGGCUCAGGUUAGCAGGAGACACCGCGGCUUGCGGAAGACAUGUCUAAGGCUUCCCGGGCUGCAAAAAAUGUGAAGAAGGCGGAUGUCACUGGAGUUAUCCGGGCGUUGGUAAGGGCCGGGCAGGCGGCUCCGGGGCCCCCUUUGGGCCCUAUCCUGGGUCAGCGGGGAAUCCCUAUUGGACAGUUUUGUAAAGAGUUUAAUGAAAAGACCAAAGACAUCAAAGAAGGAAUUCCUCUGCCUGUAAAAAUAGCAGUCAAGCCAGACCGAACGUACGAGAUGAAGAUCGGGCAGCCGCCUGUAUCGUAUUUCCUGAAAUCUGCUGCUGGUAUAGAAAAAGGAGCUGCACAGACAGGGCAUGAAGUAGCAGGUAUGGUGACACUGAAACAGCUCUACGAAAUAGCCCUGGUAAAGUCAAAGGAUGACGCGUUUGUCUUAAGGGAUAUCUCCCUGCGGGAGGUUGUGAAGUGCAUCAUGGGAAGUGCUAAGUCAUUGGGUAUAAAGGUGGUGAAAGAUCUAUCUUCAGAGGAGUAUGGGCGGUUUUUGGAGGAGAGGAGUCAGGCGCUACAAGCUAUGGCUGAAGCACAAUUAGCAGAAGCAGCAGCAUCCUCGGCUAAGAAGAAAUAAGAUGAUGCUCCAAUGUGACCCACAAUUUCCUUUGUUACUGUGCCUUGACUGUGUGCCGGGCAUUAAGCUGUGACGCCCAUUUGUGCUCUCACACUGCACAUUACCGGAUUCUGUUUUAUAGACUCUAAUAAAAUUUGUUUUGUCUGUAAUUUAAA